UAUACGCUUUCUUUAUUACCUUAUUUUUCCAAUCAAAGUACAAAUUUACAACCGUGUUCCUCAAAUGAGAAAUUCACAAUAAUUAUGUUGGCACUGGAAACAAACUUCAUGCAAAUGAAAUUGCCAAAAGUAAUAAGCUUCAAAUUCAUCUUCAUUCUUUAUUUUCUCUCCCUUCAAUUCAUCACUAUCAAAACUACCCAAGACCCAUCAUCUGCAAUUAUCUCCAGAUUCCAAGAAUACCUUCGAAUUAACACUGCUCAACCUAACCCCAAUUACUAUGAAGCUGCUGAUUUCAUCCUUUCUCAAGCUAAUUCUUUAUCCCUUGAAUCUCAGACUAUUGUAUUUGUCAAAAAUAAACCCUUAAUUUUGCUCAAAUGGCCUGGCAAAAACCCCAAUUUGCCCUCAGUUCUCCUCAAUUCACACACCGACGUCGUUCCAGUGGAAUUCCAGAAGUGGGUUCAUGACCCUUUUGGUGCUCACAUUGAUUCUGAUGGAAAUAUUCAUGCCAGAGGUACUCAGGAUAUGAAAAGUGUAGGAAUGCAGUACUUCGAAGCUAUUAGGAAGUUGAAGAAUUCUGGUUUCGAGCCAAUUCGUACUAUUUAUCUAUCGUAUGUGCCGGAUGAAGAGAUUGGGGGACGGGAUGGGGCUGAGAAGCUGGCCGAGUCUGACGUGUUUGAGAAAAUGAAUGUGGCCUUUGUGCUGGAUGAGGGAAUACCUUCACCAGAUGAGAAGUAUUUGGCAUAUAAUGGGGAGAGAUCACCAAUGUGGCUGGUUAUCAAGGCUACUGGGCAUGGGGCAAAGCUGUAUGACAAUACUGCAAUGGAGAACUUGAUGAAGAGUGUUGAGAGUAUCAGGGGUUUUCGUGCGUCGCAGUUUGAUAUGAUAAAAGCUGGCUUGAAAACUGAUGGAGAGGUGAUUUCGGUAAACUUGGUAUAUUUGAGAGCUGGCACACAAACACCUACUGGAUUUGUCAUGAAUUUACAACCUUCUGAAGCUGAAGCAGGUAUUGACAUUCGGGUUCCACCUACAGCUGAUCAGAAAUCACUUGAAAGGCGUAUUGCUGAGGAGUGGGCUCCUGCUUCACGCAACAUGACAUUUGAGUUCAAGCAGAAGGUUCCUGUGGUUGACAAAUUUGGCAAGCCUGCUCUCACAGCUGCUGAUGAUUCAAAUCCCUGGUGGAUUCUUUUAGAAAAAGCUGUCCGUGAUUCUGGUGGAAUAGUUCGAAAGCCGGAGGUAAGCUUUGGAACAACGGAUGCUCGUUACUUUAGGCAACAAGGUCUGCCAGCUAUUGGAUUCUCUCCUAUUGCAAAUACUCCGCUCCUUCUACAUGACCACAAUGAGCACCUAAAUCAACGGGAAUAUCUUAAAGGAGUUGACAUAUAUGCUUCUAUAAUCAAAGCUUAUGCUUCUUUUGCAGAGGAGACAGAAGCUAAUGCUUCCAAAGCUGAGUUGUAAAAGAACGAUUAGUAUCUUUGCCCAUUGUUAGAAAACUGUACUUUUCAUCCUCAUCACCCAUGCAACCAAACUGAACUUCUCUCUAACACCAUUGUUUAUAACUUGGUGCAACCUGACAGAUCUCAAAGGAGCAGAUAAAUAAGCUUCUAUCAUCCCGGCUUAUGCAACAUAUGCUGACCGGUUAUGGAAAUAAGCUGAGACUUUCUAGGAUGAAUUGUUGUUAGUGAUUGGCCCCACCUUUCACUUGACUAUUCUGCCAGGAGCUGAUUGAAUUGGGGCGGAAACAUUUGUCGUUUCUAGGUGAAGAUUUCAAGUGAUUUCGGUCACUAUUGCAGCUACAAAAAUAAAGUACAGUUAAACUUCUUGGAACUUCACUUGUAUCUAUUGUUAAGGCUCAAAUAAUUUAUCAAUUAGGAACUUUUUUCAGGUUUGUACUUUGAGUAAUUCUGGGUGUUAUGCAUGUUCAAUGUUUAUCUUUGAAUCUUUGAUCUUAAUAAUUGUUUUUCUGGCACUUUGUACCAAACAACAGCAAAAGGAAAGAGGGAACUUGAUUCCUUUUCUGAAC